ACACGACAACAUGUCGACUAAGGAUAAAGAAAAAGAUAAAGUUAAGCGAAAGCGUGCGAUUCGAAGCGAGGACCGUGGAGGAUCAGGUGACAACAAGAAAUCUAAAACAGAUGGAGAGGAUACAAAGGUUUCCCUGUUUUAUGCCGAGGAAGAAGAAGUGUUGAAUCGUGACCCUCAGGAAGAUCUAGAGAUGCACAAAGCAGCCUGUGAUGAAAUUAGGCGCUGUAUUGCCGACGUCCGAAAGCUGAAAUCAGCCCAGGGAAAAGAAUCGGCCAUAGAGGAGAAGCGGAUUCAGGCUACGCUCCAGUUUAUCAUUCUAAAGAAGAUGAAUCGCCUUGCACAUAUCCGCUGUAAGAAAGUCAGAGAAGGAACAAAUGAGGCUAAACAGAAGAUUGAUCAGCAUCAUUUACAGCUGGAGAAUCUGCUGUAUGAGGUGACUCAUCUACAAAAAGAAAUCACCAAAUGUCUGGAGUUCAAAUCCAAAGAUGAGGAGAUAGAGCUGGUGCCCGUGGACAAGUUUUACAGAGAGGCCCCCAAAGAGAUCUCUAAACCGACAGAGACUGAGAAGAACCUUCACAAGCAGACCUUAGCAAGGCUGGACUGGGAACUGGAACAGAGGAAAAGACUGUCGACCCAGCUGCAGGAAUCUGAGAAUAGCAAGGAGCAGAUAGAGAAUGAGAUCAGAGAGAAGAGAGAUCAGCUGGAGAGCCUACAGCCCAAACUCCGGGAUAUCCUACAGUCGACCAAACCAGUGCAGGAGUACCUGUGCAUGCCAUUUGACAAGAUCUGCGAGCAGCAUGAGAUUGCCUCACAUCUCCCGUUACCUCUGUAUGUUCUCUACAUGCAGUCCAGCGCCUACAAAGAGGCCUGCGACAAGUACCUCACUGUGACUAUUGAAGGGGAUUACCAAGCUGCCAAGGGAAGUAACUGGGACAACAUGGUGUUAGAUGAGGACAGCGAUAGUGAAACUGAAGAGCAGGAGAAAGCCAAGUCGAAGCGGAGGCGCAAGACCCAUGAUGAGAGACACAGUACUGCCAAAGACAGAAUUUUCAGGAAGCAUCCUUUGUUCAUCACUCUGGAAAUACGUUGUAAAGAUGGCAGCUCUCUCCAGUUGAGUUUUACAUACAUCGUCAUGCUAAACAUCGUCACAGUAGGUGUCAAAGUUCAGGCUGCUGGAGACACCAAUUUGAACUCUAUUUCUGGAGGUGAUCUGCUGUCACCGGAUUCCAUUUUAGAUGAUCUUUAUCCUGGUGACCAUGGUAACAACACGCCCAAUCCGGCCAAUCACUAUGACUUACGACGAGUUGGAUCCACAGAUUUCAGUGAGCAUAUCUGCCACACUGGUAAGCCGUACCGCUGGGCGCAGUGGCUUGGAGGCCUCCAGUUCCUGGCGGACACCGAACAGGUCAAGGCCAGAAGCACAGUCAGCGCGAGUUAUAUGCAGGAGACUAUCCGUCUGUUACGACAACGGCUCAAAGCACGCCUUGCUCUGCUCAAACAGCUCAUCUCAUUGGAGAGGUACAGCGUUCCUGUGUCCAGUGAACAUCAGAAUCUAUUCCCAACCAAAAUCCUGUCUCAACUCACUUCCUGGAGACGGUCUACAUAUGCAGACUUCAUUAGCCUCCCCUACACACAGACGGCAAUAGACAGUGGUCUUGCGGAGGAGGCAGACAUCUUCUUCACAGCUGUGGUGGACAGAGGCUCAGCCAAGCUGACCUCUCAGAUAGUGUUGAAGCCGGACUAUCCCAGCUCAGCCCCAUUCUUCCUGGUUCAUGUCCACUGGAAGACUGAGAGAACUGGCCUGACCGACUUCCACAUCAGGGAAGUGGAAACGGAAGUCAAUGUACACUGGGAUGAGCUCAUCCAGGGGAAGUCACAUGACCAGCUCUUGUCCAAUCAGCUGCAGCGAUUGCUCGUCUGUUUUGAUGUUUACCUGGAGACUGAAGCCCAGAAUAUGUCCUUUGAAGGUCCAGCGGAGAUUCCCAAGGAGAAGAUUUUCCCCAGGAUGGGAAAAGGCCCUCAGAGAAGCAAGCCUUACAGGUACAACCCCCAGCUGAGCUUUUUCCUUCAUAGAUAGGUGACUCACGUACAGGUGGAAAACAAGAUAAACAAAACUGUGAAAAUCAACCUUUAUCAUCACUGUUUGGAGUGCUAUCAUGUUUCAUACGAAGAACUGAAAGACACGCCGUGAAAAUCAGCCUUUAGUAUCGGUUUGGAUAAAGUGUUGUAUAUCCACAGAUCUCCAGUCUGAAAGGCUUAGACUGUAUCACAAACUGUUACAACUCAGUCUUUAUUAACACAGUUUGGAUGGAGAAUAAAAACACAAAAUGUUGAAAUGUAGUAUAUUUACAAAUCUCCAGUCUGAAAGUCUCUGGCUGUUUCACUCAUCAUUUCAUGUGAAUCCGGAUCACAUCACGACAUCAUUUGACAAACACCUUGGAAUGUCCAUAAUCAUGUAUCAGCCAUGAUGAGACAAUAAAUGUGUUCAAUAUUUUGAGAAAACUUGACACAGUGCAGUUGUCUUUUAAGUCAUUGUCCCUUAUUAGCUCGGCUGUACGAAGUACAAGUGUAGUUUAUGUAACAGGGAAAGUGAGUGAGUGCAAGAGUGCUUAGGGUUUAAAGUCGUACUUAACAAUUUUUCGGUCAUA